AAACCGCCUUAUGAUUUUUGCUCUGUCUUUCCACUAAUUUUUCAUUGUUGCGGAAGGAAGAAUCAAAAGUAUUUGUCUCGAGAAGCCGCCAUGGAUUUGCAGAGUGGAGAAGCCGCCAUGGAUAUGCAGAGUGAAAUCGAGAGAUUGGUGUUCUUCGAACAUGCUCGAAAACUUUGCGAAGCUACCUACAUCAAAAACCCUUUAGAUGUCGAUAAUUUGACGAAAUGGGGAGGAGCUUUACUGGAAGUAGCACAGUUUCAAAAAAUCACAGAGUCAAAGCUAAUGAUUCUAGAGGGCAUUUCGAAGCUGGAAGAGGCGUUGGUAAUCGAUCCAAAGAAGCACGAUGCUCUUUGGGUCAUUGGUAAUGCUCACGUUUCAUAUGGGUUUUUGACUCCUGAUCAAGCCGAGGCUAUAGAUCACUUUGAGAAUGCUACUCAGUUCUUUCAACGAGCAUUGGAGGAGCAACCGGGGAACGAAUCCUAUCAGAAAUCACUGGAGUUGGCUUCCAAGGCUCCAAUACUACAUACAGAGGUUCACAAACAUGGUUUAGGCCCUCAACCAUUGGGCGGUGUCGCUGGACCAUCAUCAUCCAACAAUGCCAAGACGAUGAAGCAAAAAAAGAGUAGUGAUUUCAAGUAUGAUGUGCUCGGAUGGGUCAUCUUAGCUGUUGGCGUUGUUGCGUGGUUUAAUUUUGCCAAAUCUCAGAUGCCGGUCCCAAGGCAGUAACACUCACCAAGAGCGUCUAAAGACCACGACUUUUUUAUUCAUGUUCAAGCUAAAGAGUUUCAUUAUUACAACUCAGAAAAUGUAUAAGAAUUCAUACUGUCCUCUUUGGAAAUUAACAUACAAAUCAGUGAAGAGCAUAGUUACUUAACUCAGAAUAGUACUUCUCAUGAA